CAGGUAUUGAACAGAAGAGCACUCCACGUUCCGUUUAGGAGUUCCAUGUCAGUGGAGGAACCUGUCUGUUAAACAUUAGAAAAAAAUAAAAACAUAAAGGACUCGAACGUUUUGAACUGAGAAAGCUCACCUGUUCAUCCCAUUUAAGUCACUUUGGCUUUGUGUAUAACUGUUUUGCUUUUGAGUUUAAUGUAACCGGUUCUGCAGAUUUUCAGCACCCUCUCAGGAUUUUCAGUGAUGGAGUGCAGGCGGCCGCAGAGGAGCGUAAGGGUGCUGGAUGUCUUUCACUGGGCUGUGAUGCUGCUGAGCUUGAUUCAGUCCGGCGCGCUCGGCGCGAGGAAAUUCCGCGGAGGGCGAAACCCGCAGCCGCGGCGAGCGCUCCCCUCCGCUCAUUACCGGGACCGCGCGGAAACCACCGAGAGCUUCUCACUGGACUUCACAGCUGUUGAAGAAAACAUGGACAAUUUCAUGACUCAGGUGAAGAACUUGGCGCAGUCCCUCUACCCCUGUUCGGCCCAGAAGCUCGACUACGAGAUGAAGCUACAUUUCCUGGAGAAUACAUCAGUCACCUGUAACGACGGGACCCCAGCAGGGUACUACCUGAAGGAGUCCAAAGGAAGCAGAAGGUGGUUAAUAUUUCUGGAGGGUGGCUGGUACUGCUUCAACAAAGAGAACUGUAACAGCAGAUACGAGACCAUGAGGAGGCUCAUGAGCUCCUCCAAUUGGCCCCAAACUAAGACAGGCACAGGAAUACUGUCUUCGCUUCCAGAGGAAAACCCACACUGGUGGAACGCCAACAUGGUGUUCAUCCCAUAUUGCUCAAGUGAUGUAUGGAGUGGAGCCACAGCAAAAACUGAUCAAAAUGACUAUGCAUUCAUGGGUUCACUGAUCAUAAAGGAAGUUGUAAAGGACCUGCUAACAAAGGGUCUGGACAAUGCUAAGAUACUGCUUUUAGCUGGAAGCAGUGCGGGUGGCACUGGGGUGUUGCUGAACGUGGACCCAGUAUCUGAGCUCCUGGAGGAGUUGGGUCACGCAAACAUUCAGGUCAGGGGUCUGUCCGACUCUGGCUGGUUCUUGGACAAUAAACAAUACCGCUGCACUGACUGCGUGGACCCCAUCAACUGUGCCCCCACAGAGGUCAUCAAGAGAGGAAUCAUAUACUGGGGCGGUGUGGUACCUGAGCGAUGCCGACAGGCUUAUGAAGGAAAAGAAUGGAACUGCUUCUUUGGAUAUAAAGUUUAUCCUACCAUUAAACGCCCUGUGUUCAUAGUGCAGUGGCUUUUCGAUGAAGCCCAGCUAACAGUCGACAACAUUCAUCUUACGGGACAGCCCGUCCAAGAGGGCCAAUGGCGUUAUAUUCAGAAUCUGGGUACUGAACUGAGGAACACUCUAAAGGAUGUCCCUGCCAUGUUUGCUCCAGCUUGCCUUUCGCAUGAAUUCAUAACAAGAAAUUACUGGACUGAUGUUCAAGUCAAAGGCACGUCUUUACCCAGAGCGCUCCACUGCUGGGACCGCAGUCUACAAGAAAACAGCCGAAAUAAUAAAUCCCCUCCCAAAGGCUGCCCUGUGCACUUGAUCGACAGCUGUCCGUGGCCUCACUGCAACCCAACGUGCCCAACGGUCCGAGAUCAGUCUACGGGACAGGAGAUGAACGUUAUCCAGUUCCUCAUGCACAUGGGCUUUGACGUGCAGAAGAUGGCCCAUCAGCAAGGCAUGGACCCAAGCAAGCUACUGGGCAUGCUCAGCAGCGGCAGCUAAAUAACAUGGAGGAACUCGCUCCCGGUUGGGACCAUGCUUCCCAUCAGUCCGUUUGAUACCUCCAACCCCAUGCCCCCUUUACCCACCUCAGCUUUGACCUCAGGCUGAGCCUGCCUUUAGUAGGGGCUCUGUGCCAAAUCUCUUGGGGCUUCCAUCUCCAAAUCCCCUCAGUUGGUUUCAUUUGGUGUCCAGUUUGCUCCAGUAUAUACUAUUAUCACUGAGCAGCUUGGAGAUGGUGGAGAUGCCCAGAUUUGGAAUGGAGCUCUUGUCAGAUCCACCUCAGUUAAACCAUGGCUGCUGACUGUUAAAAACUGAUCCCAACACAACACAGUACCAGUGAAAGUACUGAAGACCAUUUAACCAGGACAAGGUACACCAGCAUCUUUGCUCUUAAUUUAUCUUUUGGUCAUAAAAGUAUCACGAAUGUAAUCCAUUUUUACGGAUCUUCAGCAUUGUUGUUUGCUUUGUGUAUUUUUUUUUCUUUCUUUUUUUACCAAUAUAUUUAGCCACAGUUUAAUAGAGUUUUUAUAUGUCCAUUCAGAGGAAGAAAAUACAGAGAUUGAGAGAACAGAGAUUAUCGAUUACAAAGUUUAUAAUCUGUAUCACAGAUUAUAUAGAGUUUAUGAAGUACACGUAAAAUAUAUAGAUAUACUCAAGAAUCUUAAAAACAGAAAUUUCAGAACAGACAGACACUGGAUCACCUGCUCUAAACCCAACUCCAUUCUUGGGGUAUGAAUAAGUUGUAAUAAAAUAAAUAUAUAAUAAUAAUAGUGUUUUAAGCAAUAGUAUUAGCCUUAUAGUAUAUUCUGUUACCAUUUACUAUCUCCCAUGCCAUUCCAAACUAUUAUUUAUUUAUUUAGUAAAACACAACUGGGUAGCUUCUCAAACAUGCCCAAGCUUCUGUUUUUGAUACCGUCAAAGUUUAUGGUCAUUUAUUCUGCCAAAGACCAUGAAAACAUAAUGGCACCAUAAAAGUAUCAUAUUAUUCCAUAUGAUGCUUACAAUACAGAGUUCUGACAUGAAACCCUAGAUGGUUCAGUUCAAUAGGUCUAAAUCAAUCUUAACAAAUGAAAU